UCGACAUAAGAAGGAGUCUAACAUGGACUGCCUUUUGAUGUUCAUUUUCUUUAUUUCCAGCAUUGAGAGCCGGAGGUGGUCAGAAAGGCAGUUAUCUCUUCAAACCGGAGGAAAUGUCACCAUCCCAUGUCAUUAUGAUAUGAAAUAUAUACAACAUAAGAAAUACUGGUGUUAUGAUGCUGGGGCAGACUUCAAUUACUGCACGAUUCAGGCUUAUGAAAAUACUACACAAGAUAGAGUAACAGUGACUGAUUACCCAGCUCAGAGUCUCUUUACUGUGACUAUGAGAGAUUUGCAGAGUGGAGACACUGGAAUGUACUGGUGUGCUGUGGAGAUUGGAGGAAUAUUUCAGCUAGAUGAAAAAGAAGACAUUUAUAUCACAGUGAAAUCAGUUCCUGAUCUAUCUGUGGUGGAGAGCAGUGUGAGUGGUCAGGAAGGGGGCAAUGUCAGUGUCCAGUGUCCCUACAGUGCUGGAUAUCAGAAUGAACAGAAGCAGUGGUGCAGAUCUAAAGACUGGAGCUGCUACACAGUGGGGAGGGCUGACACAUCCCAGAAUUUAGCAGUGCAGAUCAGUGAUGAUAGGAGAAGAUCCUUCAGUGUGGAGAUGAGUGGACUGCAGAAGAGUGAUGCUGGCUGGUACUGGUGUAAAACUGGAGAUCUACAGGUUCCUGUUCAUCUCAGUGUCAGUGAUGCUCCUCCAGCUACAAAAGCUGUGACUACAGUUCCUGUCACUGAGGAAACCAGCAUCAGUGAGGCCACUUCAAGUAUGACCACAGUUCUGCAAUUGUUACUACAGAUACAGAAUCAGCAACAGAUCUGUGAGUAG